AUGUCUGACGCGACAUGCAGUNGCGAUGAGGCCAAGCCCGACUGUGGAGGGUGCAACCGCCAUCAGGUGCCCUGCGUCUAUCUUCACACUGAAGCCUCCAGGACUGCAAGUGCUGAUACGAGCGUGUCGCCUCGCGUGAUACCACUGUCAGAGCAGUCCAAAGUCAAACCCGAUGUCAGCCAAGUCCUAACUCCGCCAACCGUCAAUGACCCCGUCACAACUGAUGAUAUUCUGGACCUCCCGGAGUCACGUCAGCGCCGCCUACUCGAGUUGCGCCUAUGGCAUAAUUAUGUGACCGUCGUAGCCGUACCCUUCCACGCUGCUGCUCCCAAAACUUUUCUGAUCGAGAUCUGGAACAACCACAUGCCUCACAUCGCCAUGCGUCACGACAAUUUGCUCUACACCAUCUAUGCUUUCUCCGCUACCAGACUUUUGCGAGAUGCUCCUGACGAUAUUGAACUGCUCACUGCUCAAAGAGUCUAUUUCAGUCUAGCCUUGCGUGAGCAGCGCAAAGCCGUCAUUCAACUCUACACUCAGGCCGAGGAAGCCGACUCUCUCUGCUUCACCUCCAUCGUCAUGACCAUGAACGCUUUCGGCUCUCUCCAAGAACGCAAUCGUCAGCCUUACAAACCACCAACCGAUAUGCUACGGCUGGGCAUUGGCGCAUGUGCCGUAUACGAAGAGGCUCUCAAGAGUGCCCGCAAGUUUCCCUCUUCCAAGAUUGUCAGCUUCAUCGAAAACCAGCCCUUCUUCAUCAGCAUACCCAAAAUGUUCGACGAAGAGCACCGCGGGCCAUUUGUCAGCAUUCUGGGGCCAAAGAACUCCCAGGGUGUCUAUGAAGAUUCUGAGCUCUGGAACCCCGAGGUCAGAGAGGCAUACGAGUGCACCUUGAGUUACAUUGGCACCAUGUACACAGCCGUCUUGGAUGGCGAAUCACUUCAUCAAAUCUGCACGCGCAUCGCUGCUUUCGCGCUGUAUGUGCCCAAGAAGUUUGUGGAUAUGGUUGAAGAAUUGCGACCAAGGGCCUUGGUCAUCUUGGCGCAUUUCUUCUCCAUUGCUACCAAGGGCAGUGCUCAUUGGUGGGUCGGUCAAACGCCCAUGAGAGAGGUUCAGGGUUUGAGGAGGAUCGUGCCUCAGGAAUGGCAACGACACAUGCGAUGGCCGCUUGUCAUGUCUGGUCUGGAGCCUGUUUGA